GCCAUGAGUACGAAGGACAAAGACACCGGCAAGUUAGUGUUUGAAACUUCGGCCGUUACGCCGUUGGACGAAUGCCGGUGGCCGAAGUACCGGGAAAAAAGAAUUGAACUACACUAUGGAGGCAGCGAGGCCGAGUUUAGGGCACACCAAGACAAAGUCAAAGGGUGGAUGCAGGAACUCAAGACAGAAGUCGCAAAGGCAAAGAAGUCCAGGGAUAAGGCAGAGAAAGAGCAAGCCGGGCCGCUAGCUAAAGAACUGGAAGAGAUGAACAAGUGGAGCAAGCUAUCCUAAGCAAAAACGUCCCGACCCCAUAGUCAAGUUGGGAAUCUAGCAACACAAGUCUCCAAGUUCUGGGCGCUGUGCAUGACAAGUUUCCUUCUGAAGUGUAGUGCUGGUUGGCAAGGGAAGCCGCAUCAGAAAGCCACUUUCUCAUCCUGUUUACAGCAUUACACGACUGCAAAUGCCACCCGUGGAGCUGUUCAUUACAAAUGUUCCCGUCAUUGCGCAUUUGCAUGACAACUCUGGGGUAGGAAUUCAUGUCGCGAGUAGGAAUUGUUGGCGUUGUUGGCGAAAGUGUGAGGCAAAAAGGUUGGUAUAGUUGGCGAGUUGGUAUCGUGGCCGGGAGAUGAUGGUGAUGGCACUUCGGUGUCCGCCUGACCUACCUUCCCUGCGUGACAGCCAUCUGCGGCCGUUUACAAAGGAGGAGCCAAAGUGUGCCGCACUUCUGUUUAGCAUGACAACUCUGGGGUAGGGACGUUUUUACUUCGGAUACAAGCUUGUAAGUGAGUUGCGGGGCAAAGUGGAGGAAAAUAAAGCUGAGGACGGGACCAAUAUUGAGAGAAAAAAUCCCCCCUCCCCAUAUUGAAAAGCUGUGUUUCCGAAAAUUUGUGUUGCUGAUUUGUGACCACAGAUCAGGUUUGUCUUGCAAGAAGACAAGUGCAGAGGCAUCCGCCCCAUUGUGGAAGCGAUUUGGCAUGCUAUUGGUCCUAGAGGGUAGCCGUUUGCAAUGCUAAACAACUAGGCCCAAACGCUGCUAUCUGGGCUGGGGAUCUGGCCGCAGUGUUUUACUGCAAGACAAGUCGGAUUUGCGUACGCAAAUCCAGCAUCAGAAACUUCGUUUUGAUAUGGGGAGGGAGUAUUUUUCCUUUUGAUAGCCAAGGCAUACAAUUACAAGCCUUUUGACCCUCUUCCGGUCAAGAGGACCGAAGAUGGCAACCAAAUAUUAAUGUACGAGGGGGCCCCAAAGGAUCUGGAAUACUGCGAUUUGAUAAACGCGGGGUUCAUCGGCAAAACGGGAGAUUCCCGUAAGAAAUUAUUUCGCC